UCAAUCCUCUUCCUCUUCUUUUCUUUCAAAAUUUUCUCAUAAUUAAACAAACGUAUCAUGUCGUUCAUGGAAGAGUUUGCUCACGUAAGAAUUCCAUUUGAAGAUAUUUUACAAGCGACUAACAAUUUCGCAGACGAACACUUCACUUGGAGAGAUGAUUACGGAAAGACGUACAAAGGAGUGCUCUUGCAGCCUGAAGGUGUUGUCACCGUCGCAUUCACACGGCUUCAUAUAAAAGCAAGUCGCCAAGCAUCACAAGAGUUCUGCAAAGAGAUUAUGCGUCUUUCCAGAUAUAGACAUGAAAACAUCAUCUCCCUUGUUGGCUUUUGUGACGAAGGGAAUGAGAUGAUAGUUGUAACCGAGUUUGCAACACACGGAAGUCUCGAUAGAUAUUUGAGUAGUGAUAACCUCACAUGGUUAAAGCGCCUCCAAAUUUGUCUUGAUGCAGCUCGUGGCUUAAAUUAUCUACAUAAUCCUCCACAAUCCCAACUGAGAGUCCUUCACGGCGACUUGAAGAGCACAAAUAUUAUAUUAGACGAAAAUUGGCAUGCAAAGCUUACUAAUUUUGGUAUAUCCAUGUUACGUCUGCGAAAUGAGCAUCAUAGAGUCUCUACUAUCAGCAACGUCGCUCAUUCACUCUGCUACUUGGCUCCUCAAUACAUUGAAAGUGGUAUUCUAACAAAAGAGUCAGACAUAUACUCUUUUGGGAUCAUAUUGAUGGAAGUUCUAUGUGGAAGACUAGCAUACGAAGAGGGGAAAGAGUUUCUUCGCCCCAUGGCAUGCCGCCAUUAUGAAGAAGGAAAACUUACCGAAAUCAUACAUCCCAUUAUAAGAAAACAAAUGAGCCCAGAUUCCUUGAAUGUUUUUUCGGCUAUUGCAUAUCAAUGCCUGAAAAGUAACCGACAUGAACGCCCGCCAAUCGUUGAGGUUGUUAGAAAGCUCGAGGUUGCUUUGGAACUUCAACAAGUUGCAGAGACUUUAAAUUCCAAAGGAGAUGGUGAUGAAGACUUUAAGGUGAAAACCAUGGACCAUAUGAAGAUCCCAUUAAAAGAUAUAAAGUCAGCAACUCAUGAUUUUCACGAGCAUUUUAAAAUUGGAAGGGGUGGAUUUGGGGAAGUGUACAAAGCAGAUCUCUUCCACUUCGAUUUCAGAAAAUACGUUGCAGAGAAUAGAUUUCAAAAACAUUCUUCGGCAGAACUCUCGGUCUACCCAAGAAGACAAGGCACAGUGGCUAUUAAGCGGUUAGAUCGUAGAUAUGGUCAAGGGCCCGUGCAGUUCUUGCAAGAACUCUCAGUGCUUCCAUUUCUUACGCACAAAAACCUUGUCACACUUGUUGGAUUUUGCGAUGAAGAUGGUGAGCAUAUUCUUGUCUAUGAGUAUGCCCCAAAUGGAAGCCUCCACGAUCAUAUACAGACUAGUAAUACAACGAAUAGUCAUACAUGGGCAAGACGUCUUCAGAUUUGCCUCGAUGCAGCCUCUGGGCUUGAGUUUCUCCAUAAUGGUCUUGGAGAACAUUAUAGGAUAAUACAUCGAGAUAUAAAGAGCUCUAACAUUUUAUUAGGCCAAAACUACAUUGGCAUGAUUAGUGACUUUGGGUUGUCAAAAAUUGGCCCUGCAAAUCUUGAAGCUACGUUUGUCAUGACACAAGCUGCUGGCACACCACUAUAUAUAGAUCCACAGUAUCAAAAGACAGAUAAGCUGACAAAGGAAUCUGAUGUUUAUUCUUUUGGAGUGGUUUUGUUUGAAGCUUUGAGUGGAAGGUUGGUGCAUUCUGGAAGUUCCAAAGAUGAUCCACAACUUGUACUCAACAUGGCUAAACGUUGCUUUGAGCAGAGAAAUGUCAAAGAGAUUAUACACUCGAAUUUCAAGAGUGAAUUUGAGAAAGCAGGUUUGUCCCUUCUGGAUGAUGAAUCCUGCCCAGAAUCCAUACGUAUAUUUGCAGCUAUUGCUUAUAAAUGUUGCAAAGACAAAAGAGAAGAACGUCCCACAAUGGUUGAAGUCGUGAAAAAACUCGAGAAAGCAUUGAAGUAUCAUGUAAAUCGGGUGGAAGCCACUAGAAUAACACUUGGCGACAUUAGAUCUGCUACAAAUGACUUCCGUGAUAUAAUAGAACAAGGACCACCAGCCGACGUAUAUUGUGGGGAACUUUCGCAUUUAAAGGGAUCACAUGGCACAGUUACCAUAAAGCGGCUCCAUCAUUCAAUGGAUUCUGAUGGAGAAGAAUUUGUAAAGGAGAUUGGAAAGCUUUAUAGUUAUAGCCAUGAGAACAUCGUUCCAGUUCUAGGAUUUUGUGAAGAAGGGAUUGAGAGGAUCAUUGUUUUUGAGCAUAUGGUUAAAGGAAGUUUAAAAGAGAAUCUGACAAACACUAGUCUGACAUGGAAACAACGACUCAAGAUAUGUAUAGAUGUUGCAUAUGGGCUAGCUUAUAUUCAUAGUCAUGCUGAGAGAGAACAGAUGAUUCAUGGCGACUUAAAAAGCAGUAGCAUUCUACUUGGAGAUGACUGGAAAGCUUCUAUUUCUGAUUUCAUCGUUUUCAAAGGUGCAGGCACUUUAGGUUAUCUUGAUCCAAUCUAUGCGAACACAAGUUCCCUUACACAGGAAUCGGAUAUUUAUUCUUUUGGGGUUGUUUUAUUUGAAAUCUUAUCUGGGAGAUUAGCAACUGAAACAAUUAAAAUUGAUCGGCAACUGCCACUUGGUGAAGUCCGAAAUGUUGAACCUCAACUUAUAAACAGUGCAAGAGGUUCAGGCGACGAGCGAAUGAUUUUUCUUGCAAAUUGGGCAUCAAAAUGCUUCAAAAACAAAAAAGUAGAAGAUAUUAUCUUUCAUGCUAUAAAGAAAGAAAUCGAACCAAUAUCCUUAGUGAUAUUUUCCACGAUUGCUUAUCAAUGCUUGAUGGAACAGCGAGAUGAUCGCCCAACAAUGACUAAGGUUGUAGAAGAACUUGAAAAAGCCCUUGAUUGCCAAGAUGAGUGGGAAUGGGAGCAAAAACUACCUACGGAUUAUAAAGAAAUAAUCCAGAUGUCAAAACGUCCAGUGGCCUCUACAAUCAGAAAGAAGGAUAUCCAUUCCCUCCUGACUUCGGGAAUGCUACUUCACAAUGAAAAAUGGUUUUCAAUAACAAUGGAUGGAGCAAGAAAUGAAAUGGCAUCUGCAAAAACAUUUUCAUUCGGCGAUGUUUCUUCUGUGAAGUGGAAAUCCGUACAAAAGUCAAGAUUCCCAAAGGUGGCAAGGAUAUCUGAUAUCUCAAAUCUCAAUAUCCAAAUUCAGAUAACAACUCAAUUUCUAACUCCAGAGAUGAUGUAUGGAGCUUACCUAGUGUUCAAGUUUUGUGAUAGAAGAAAGGUUUCUAGCAGGCCGUUAUAUGUGAACCUAAAAUAUAAGAAGGCAGGUGAGACCUUAAGUGCAUAUUUUGCAGAGUGGGAAGUUGGAAGCGAGUGGUUGAAAGUCGAACUGUUCCGAUUUUCGAGUAAGAAUGGAAGUGUCAAUUUUGAGAUUCUACUAGAAAGCUUGUCUCAGUAUUAUUGUGGCAGAGGGGCCAUAUAUAUUGAAGGCAUAGAGUUUCAGGCCAUUCGAAGUGUUGACUUUGAACAUAAUAACGAAUUGAAGGAUGGAACAAACAGUGAAGGAGUUUUGAUCAAUACACAGUUGGACAUGGACUGGGUGGAAAAAAUGUUAUAUCGUUACGAAAAAAUUAUCAGGAGGUAUGGGAAGAAUGUCCAUGUUGCCAAUGGAAUUGAUAAUAAAGAGGUGAUGUAUCGCCUUCUUUCUGAGGGAAUUCAUAUUGACAAGGGUGAAAAGUUUUUCUCACUAAGCAAAUCGAUGAAGAAUUGCCACAUGCUAAGGGCAUCAUCAGUUAUAUACAAUUCCUUAAACUUAAAGUUCAGCAAACCUCCAACUGGAUUAAGGUGCAGAUUUGCAAAGGUUGCAAAGAUUCUGUCUCACCAGGAUUUCCGUAUCAAAUGUGACAUAGAGACACAAAUGCUCUCAUCAGAUACAACCUACGCUUGUUUCCUAGUGUUCAAACUUUCAAAAAAAUGCCAUGGUCUAAAGUGCCCAGUGAAGGCUCGUGAUUUAGUACCCCAUAGAAAGGAAAGAACCAAGAUCAUUUCUUUCACUUACCCAAACAUAGUGAAUUUGGACAAAAUCAAAUGGAUUCCAGAACAGAGAGAAGAUGGAUGGAUGGAGGUUAUAGUGUGGGAAUUUAAUGUUGAUAGCACGCAUAAUGAUGAGUUUGUUCCUAUGGAUUUGAGACUGACAUGUUUUGAAGGAAAUAUGUCUGGUCUUAUUGUGUAUGGCAUUGAGUUCCGUCCUACAGCAUAAGUGUAUAUUAAGUAAUAUUUAUACAUGUUCUUCUAAGUGUAUGGUAACUGUUAUGACAUCUUUUGUACUUUUAUAUUAACUUAAAGGCUCAAUAGAAGAUAGCUCCUCAAUA